UCUCCAAUGAGCGCAGUGGGCCGACUGUUUCCUCACUUCCUCUGUCUCUCUCUCAGGGCUCGGCUCGAAACUCCUGUUCUGUAGGGCAGCCAUCUUGGAUCUCGAUUUAAACGGAAGGUGACUGACACGACUGCUGCUCUGGUACAAUGGAACCGUCAACGAGCGCGUCUUCCCCGCGUCCCCGAUGCCAUUGAGCACCCGCCGUUACCCGUGAAUGUAUCGGACAGUCCUCGGAAGGAUCGUUCGAUGAACAGAUUAUAUUUGAGGGAAAUCGCAGCGGAACUGCGGAGGCCCUGUGAAGUGCAAUUUUCUCUAUUCUUACUUGAACCGGACAUCCGAAAUAUGAGAACAUAUGAGACAGCAACGCCAGGCCAUAAAGUAUUAUGUUUUUAACAGUGCAAAAGUUAUAGUACAUAUAGCCGACCUCAUUCGCUAUUUAGUAAUCUAUUAAAUGGCUUGACGUCGCUGUUGUAACAAAGUCAGAGACCGCGAGCGUCCACCCAAACUUUUCAACAAGUUUGUAACCAGUUUCAGAGGCAAAUCAAUGCUGUUGACCAAGCGGGGAAUCUGCCAGAUAUAUAUCUUCCCUCUGGUUUCAUCGCAAAAUCUGCUGCUUAAAUUGUAAUUCGUGGAAAGCGGCUUCCUAUCAACACAAUGUCAACAACAACAACUAGAGCCCCUCUGCCAACCGUCAACGAACGGAAAGCUGAAAACCAUACAACGAAUGGCCAUGGCCGAGGGGAGGUGACCUCUCGGUCUGUGAGGUCGAGUGGUCGAAACCGGAAUUCUGGCUCGGGGUUGGAUGAGGUGCACCCUCUUGUUGGGAAUUACCGACUUCUAAAAACCAUUGGAAAAGGCAAUUUCGCCAAGGUCAAACUGGCUCGCCAUAUCCUUACAGGAAGCGAGGUGGCAAUAAAAAUGAUUGAUAAAACCCAACUGAAUCCAACAAGCCUUCAAAAGCUUUCCAGAGAAGUCACAAUAAUGAAGAAUUUAAACCACCCAAAUAUCGUCAAACUGUUUGAGGUGAUUGAGACUGAGAAGACUCUGUUUCUGGUGAUGGAAUAUGCCAGUGGAGGUGAAGUUUUUGACUACCUUGUAGCUCAUGGAAGGAUGAAGGAGAAAGAGGCCAGAGCUAAAUUUAGACAGAUUGUGUCAGCUGUGCAGUAUUGUCACCAAAAACACAUUGUACACAGAGACUUGAAGGCUGAAAACCUACUGCUAGAUGCUGAUAUGAACAUUAAGAUUGCUGACUUUGGCUUCAGUAAUGAGUUCAUGGUUGGAAAUAAGCUGGACACAUUCUGUGGCAGCCCUCCCUAUGCUGCCCCCGAGCUCUUUCAGGGGAAGAAGUAUGAUGGGCCAGAGGUGGACGUAUGGAGUUUGGGUGUCAUACUCUACACGCUGGUCAGCGGAUCCCUGCCCUUCGAUGGACAGAAUCUCAAGGAGUUGCGUGAGCGAGUGUUACGUGGUAAAUAUCGGAUCCCUUUCUACAUGUCCACUGACUGCGAGAAUCUCCUCAAGAGGUUCCUGGUUUUAAACCCAGCCAAGAGAGGAACAUUAGAGCAAAUCAUGAAAGAGCGGUGGAUCAAUGCUGGCUUUGAAGAUGAUGAGCUCAAACCCUUCACUGAACCAGAGGCUGACAUCUCUGACCAGAAAAGAAUAGACGUGAUAGUGGGCAUGGGCUUCUCCAGAGAGAAGAUCCAGGAGUCUUUGUCUAAAAUGAACUAUGACGAGAUCACAGCUGUAUACCUACUGCUGGGCAGGAAGACCAAUGAGGAUGUUAUUGACUCCAGUAGUAAUCUCUCUGUGGCGAAGCUCAGGGCCACUAGCGAGAUGAAUGGCCAGUCACCAAAUCACUUGAAGGUCCAGAGAAGUGUCUCAUCUAGUGAAUCCAGAAAAUCCAGGCGCCAUAGUGACCAAGUUGGAGUCACUAAUUCAGUGUUGAGUACCUCUAAGAAGAUUGUCCCCGGCAUAGCCGAUGGUGAUGUCAAACAGGAAGGUGGGGUAACAGUACGUAAACCCCCCUCUCACAGCCCCCCCAGCCCACUGCUGGGUAAUGCCAACAAACCUAACAAAACAGAAAUACCUGACCGCAAGAGAGGCAGCACCAUUACACCCAAUAAUAACUCUGGAUCUGGAGGGAUAUCAAGGAGAAACACAUAUGUGUGCACUGAUAAAAACAACACCGAACGCCUUUCUGUCAUUCCCAAUGGGAAGGAAAACAGCGUGUCAUUGUCUCCUGGCUCUCAGGACCCUGGUGCAUCCACUCACAGCAUUAGCACUUCUGCCACACCAGAUAAAACUCGUUUCCCACGAGGCACUGUGAGCCGCAGCACCUUCCACGGACAACUGAGCGAUCGUCGCACAGCCACCUAUAACGGCCCCCCUGCCUCGCCCACUCAACCACGCAGCCGCGCUAACGCCAACAACCUGCUCACCAAACUCACCUCCAAACUCACACGCAGAAAUAUGUCAUUCAGGUUUUCCAAAAGAGUCUCAACCGAGUUUGAGAGAAGCGGGAGAUUUGAGGGCUCAAGUCGCCAUGUAUCUGGGGAUCAGCAGAAAGAUGAAGGGAAAGAUGGAAAAGACGGCAAACCCCGCUCUCUCCGUUUCACCUGGAGUAUGAACACCACCAGCACCAUGGAGGCAGCCGACAUCAUAAAUGAGAUCCGCAAAGUUCUGGAUGCCAACAGCUGCAGUUACCAGCAGCAUGAACGCUUUCUGCUUCUCUGUGCUCACGGCGAUAGCCGCAGCGACAGCCUUGUCCAAUGGGAGAUGGAGGUUUGCAAACUGCCCCGGCUCUCACUUAAUGGUGUCCGUUUUAAGAGGAUAUCUGGCAACUCCAUUGCUUUUAAGAACAUUGCUUCCAAAGUUUCAGGCGAACUCAAGCUAUGAAUAUAUCUUUAAUGUAACUACAUAGAGGAAUUUAUGAAAUGGUUCAGUUCAAUAUAAACAAAUGAAUUGAGCUGUACAAUCGUUAAGUAGCAGUUUACGUUUUUUUUUUUUUU